AUGACUACAUCCCCAGAUAAGUCCCUGGCUCUGGAUGAUACACCCUCAGAUGACUCGUCGGUCCCAUCGGAUCCCGCGACUCGGAGGCGACUCCAAAAUCGCCUGAAUCAACGUGCUAGCAGAAAGAGAAAAGCAUUGUUUUCAAAAACACAUCACAACCCGCAAGAUCAGAAAUGGGUAGUUUAUGUUAAGGAAUCCGACAUUCUACGAAAGACUAGAGCGAUUGAAGAAACAUCAAGCCACCAAAAUGAAGAAAACCCCUGGCAUCUCAACCAGAUCCAACGAAAUCAUUUUAUGACCAAGUUCCAUGCUUGCGGGUUGCAUAUGAUCAAAAACCCAGCUCUCUCGCCGAACCUUACUUUAUGCGAUACCCGGUACAAUAUGCUUUGUGCUAUAUUCACCAAUGCCAAUUUUAUGGGCCUCACAUUCGAUCUUCUCAAUGAAGAUAUUGCGUCUCAAUUCAAUCUUGUCGGUCCAUCGACGCUGCAUCUUCCAGCGAGUUUAUGUCCAUCUCAGAAACAAAAGAAUAUCAUCCAUCACCCCUGGAUUGACUUGAUUCCAAUGUUGUCACUACGUGAGUCUGUGUUAGACAGGGUUGAGGUACUAGAUGAAGAAGAACUGUGCGACGAUCUAUAUGGAGUUUGUGCAUCUUCUGGGCAGAGUGGGCUUCGCAUUUGGGGCGAGUCCUGGGAUCCGUCUGCUUACGAGGCCUCGGAAACAGUCAUCCAAAAAUGGAGUUGGAUGGUUCAGGAAUGUCCCGAUCUAAUCAAAUCUUCGAAUUACUGGAGGAAACAGCGGGGGGAGAAAGCGAUUGUGUUCAAGAGCUGA